AGUUCGAAUCUUUGCUCUUGGUUUGCUGCUCCUUUCUUCAUGCUGCUGUCUCUUUUUCUGUUUAAAUGUUGGGAGAUUUGCUGAUGGAUAUUAGAAAUAAUUUGUGUGGUACUGUCUGCUUUUCUUUGCCCUCGAGGAAGCACUAGUUGAUGCCAGUCUAGGCAGUUUGGGGAAUUGAUCGUCUCAUAAGCAACUUGCACUAAUGGUUGUAUUGGGGAAGCUCAAGAAACUGAGGUUUGAUUAGAUUCCAACUAGGUUCAAUGAUUUGAAAAUGUGAUUGUUCUUCUGUUUUCAAUGGACUAGUUCAAGAAGUGUUUGAUUGCUUCAUAUAGGUUAUCAACACCCAGAAGAGAUGAAAAGGUGGAGUAAGUUGGUUUUGAUCAGACGAAGGAACAGCAGCAUUUCUUUGUGGAUGGGAAGAGUGGAUGAAGAACUAAGGAACAGCAGAGCAGUGGAAGCACAAGACAGAGGAGUUUGGAAAUGGGCACAAUGAACAAGCUAAGAUGGGCGAUGGACGGAGGGUUUUGGGACCUAGACAUCUCAACUCCAGUGACCCUAGAAGGAGAGACUAGGGCAGUACCUGGACAUCCUCUCCCUCUUGGGGUUUCCCGAGGGACGAAGCUGUCCAGGCCUAAGCAGACUGAUUUCUUCCAGCGGUUCAUGUUUGCUCCUUUCCUGCCUUCCUAUUCCUACUCUCCAGCCUCCAGCAGUCACUCAUUUAAUCUCCAACGUUGUCUAGCUAUCCCUUUAUCUCAGGACUGGUUUUCCAUGUUGCAAGGCCAAUUCAAUCUUCACAAGUUUGUGUCCUCCUUUAGAAAGCGCAGAACCUUGCUUCAAUCUUCUGAUUCCCAGUCUUCAUCCCUCAUCCCUGCCAUUUGUGCAUGUCUCCGUGACAAAUCCUUAUACGCACUUGGCAUCUAUUCCGAGCUUUCACUAACCCCUCAAGACACUCUUGUUCUCAGCUCUGAUGCAAAUGGCAAUGAUGAUACGCCACCUCGUCGCAAGGCAGUUCUCCAUCAUGAGUUCCCCAAUCACAAUCUCACUUUGGAGGCAGCUUCCCCUUCCCUCUUCCUGGACAAGUCUGGAAACUAUUGGGAUGUACCUUUGUCCCUGGCCCUUGAUCUUGCAUCCAUUCCUUCCAGCUCGGGUGCCAGUUACCAUUUCUGUAUGCGUCAUAUUGCUGGAUUGCCAAAGCUAUUUGAAGGUGGCAACGAAAACCAUGGAAAGACGAUUCCUGCUACCCUGCUACCUGGUAUUACCCUCAGACAUGCCAUCUCCUUCAAGAAAAAUUUAGAAAUUUGGAGGAGCGAAGCUAAGAAGUUGAAGAUGGUGCAACCAUUUGACAUCUUCCUAUCUACUCCUCAUGUUUCGGCAUCUGGUAUCAUUGGUGCUGUGAUGACGGCCUCUCAUGGAGACAACUCGGUUGCAUCGGAAGUGGAUGAUUCGCAGUGCCCUGCAGCAGGAUUCUCCUAUCGAUCUCAUGCCCUUAAAUCAGCAGCUCACGCUGACUUAUUUUCAUCUGUCUCUUUCAUGGCCCAGCAUGGGAGUUUCCAGAAGUGGUUCCUAGAUCUCACACGGUUCCAUGUCCGCCUCAAUUUUCCUUCUGGCCGCAAAUUUCUUUCUGGUGCCACUCAAUUAGCACAUGAUUUCGUCAACUCUCAACAACCUACUAAUAAAGCACUCGAAGCCAUUUGCCCAAGUGCAACUAUUUCUCUUCAACAGCAGAUUGUCGGGCCAUUUAGCUUCAGAGUUGACUCUGGGGUAACUGUGGGGUUGAACAAGCAGACGAAUUGGUAUGCACAGGCACAUGAUCCGGUAUUUGCACUCGAGUAUGCGCUACAAGUCCUUGGUUCAGCUAAGGCAAUUGCGUGGUAUUCGCCCAAGCAGCGAGAGUUCAUGGUGGAGCUUCGGUUUUUUGAGACAUAAAGCAAACCUACUGCCACCUCCUGCUACUGAGAUUCCAUUUUUGCUUGUGCCAUUCGUUUGAAUUGAAUAGACAGUCGCAGAGAAAGCAAUUUGCAGGCUGCGCAGGAAGUUAGUAUUCAGUUCAGACUACUGAAUGAUUCACUUGAAUAUUCCUUAUCUUCUUGAUUCCUCACUUUCAACCUACGAUGAUGUUAUUCCUACUGGAUUCAUUAUGGUAAUUGGUAGAUAUGUUAGCAUGGAGAUUAACAAAGAUGCGAACAUGGAAACGCAUCCCAAGCUACUUCCUCUAUGUUGACAAUUGAUCUGCAGUUCCUGUUCCUUGAGAAUGUGCAGGAUUCCCUCCCCCCAGUCAGUCCAGUUUUACCGGAUAAACUCGUCGUCGAGAGGUUGAUUGAU